ACGUGACGCUCAGCGCUCUGAACGACUCGGACGUCAACAGUGACCUGGUGGACAUCGAAGGCCUCGGAGAUGGCUCGUCCAAUAAGAAGCUGAACUUUGAUCAAGAGAGCCUCAACCUGGACUCCAGCCUCAUCAUGAACUCCAGUGACCUCCCCCUCCUGUCCCGCUGACCUCUGACCUCUCCAGAGCCGCCUCACUUUCUCACUUUGUUUUAUUUUAUUUUUUUCCUGAUGAAGCUCGAGUCGGACUUUUCUUCUGUUGUAGUGACGCAGAUAUUUUUUUUAUUUUCAGUCAGUUUUAGUUUCAGGUCAGUUUGUGAGCGUCGUUAUCGUGAAGACGUUUGCCUGCAGAUACUCAUGUGCAGAUUCACCUCUGACCUCUGAGCCUCCAAAUUUGACCCCACCCCUGACUUUGACCUGCACCGCCCACCUGAAUCUGCAGGACGUGGUGCCAGCGGCCAACCUCCACCUUCAGAGUAAACAUGAUUUGAUGGUAGGAGGUUCAGCGCUCUCCUGGAUGUGUGAACGCCACUACACAGUGCGUGGCCCCUCCCACACCAGCAUUAUGAGUGCUGACCAGCAUCAUCACUACGACAACAAGCCGACCAAAAAGGCGGCCGUGAUUUUUUUCAUGAUUGGCUCGUUUCAGUGUGAAGCACUGAGAGGGUCGACUCUGACCCCCCCACAAAGGCGACCACCGCUCUGAAGCUUCGGUUUGCUCUGAGCUGGCGUCCUGCUGAGCUCUGCUCAUCGUGCUGACAUCAUCGCGCAUUUACAACUUCCUGUUCAGAGGAGAGCGGCUGUCAGCUGGCUUUUUGAUGAGGUGGUGUGGGUGGAGCUUCAAGGCUCAGAGGGGCUUGAAAUGACUCGGCACAUGGGGUCAGGUGACAGGAAGUCUCCUUCAGUCGCCUUAGGGUAGUGGAUGGCAACCACGACGGUAUCCGCAGCGAGCUUUGUGACCUCAUCGCUGAGGGUCUGAUGUAAAAGCAGUUUGAAUUAUGUUGAAUAAACUUGACUCACAACUGUU